GGUCGGAAAGUCGAAGCUCUAGAAAGAGGCCCGAGUUCCCGAGUUGGAAUUCCGAGUUGGAUGACGGUUCAUAAGAUUUUCCCCAGUCGGAACUAGUUUUUUUCCCAAGUUCCCAGUUGUUUUGAACACACUGAAGUCGGAUGUCGGAGAUUUCAGUAUUUCCAGUUCCGAGAUCCCAGUAUUUUUGAACGCGACAUUACUGGUUGUUGACGUCAUGCUGGCAGCGACGAAGACGUCAUGAGCGUUUUACCACCCAACAUGGCGGAUUUUGAUACCAUCUAUGAGUUAGACGAGGAAGAUGAACGUGUAGUGAGUGAAGAACACCUUGUUAGAUAUUGCCCAGAACCUGUGAUUAUGCGAGGGGCCGGGCACAUCACCGUGUUUGGCUUAAGCAACAAAUUUGACACAGAGUUUCCCUCCGUUCUCACGGGAAAGGUGGCUCCUGAGGAGUUUAAAACAAGCAUCAGCAGAGUGAACGCUUGUUUGAAGAAGAACUUGCCUGUCAAUGUGAAGUGGCUUCUUUGCGGCUGCCUGUGCUGUUGCUGUACGGUGGGCUUCAGUCUGUGGCCCGUUAUAUGCCUCAACAAGAGAGCAAACAGAUCUAUUCAGAAGUUGUUGGAAUGGGAAAACAACCGACUAUAUCACAAGCUGGGCCUGCACUGGAAACUCAGCAAAAGGAAAUGUGAAAGCAGCAAUAUGAUGGAAUAUGUAAUUCUUAUAGAAUUCUUACCCAAAUAUCCUAUAUUCCGACCGGACUGAGCUGAGGAGGCUGUUGGGAGACCUGCAGUGUGGGCCCUUGACUCCAAUCCGUAGUGCCUUGUAUAUAUGUUGGAAUGAGGGUCUGCACCGGUGUCUAGAGAUGUCCCUUACAACUCCCAGUACCCUGUACAAUAGAAAUUGCAACACUGUCACUUUGCUUUAGAGCAGAUUUUGCACAGUUCCUUUCGAAGUAUAAAAAUGCCCCCUUUUGUUGUGUAAUACAACUAGUGAUUGAACAAAAAUAUAUUGUUGAAAAGUGCAUUUAUCCCAAAGAGCCAACAUCAAUCGAGCCUAUGUAUCAUAUCAGUAUUGCUUUGGAAAGAAUUGGACACCACCUAGAGCAUCAUUGCCUUAUGUAAAACAAUAAACCAUUUUAUAUAUAAGACCGGAGGAGACAAGCAUUUUGUAGCCCACCAAGUUCAAAUUCUGGUUAUUGGGGUUACUUUCCUCAAAUCAAUUCUUCUUUUUAACAAAAAGUAGAUGGGAUGCUUGAUUUGCCUAACAUACUAUUUAACAGCAUCAUGUGUUUCUUUACUUUGGAAAUGACCCUCUGUACAGGAGAACUUACAAAACGAACCUGUAAAUAUGUUAGGAUAAACUGUACAGUGGAAUGCUGUUGUUUACGUUGUUAUUUAGAUCUUUGAUUUGUUUUGCCAAGAUAAUGCUGUACCAUAGUUUUGUUUAUGAAAGAUGUCUCUUACCAGUUUAUAUGGACCUGUUUACCUAGUAAGCCAUAUCAUUUACAAUGUAUGUGAUGCCAGAGUUAGGACAGAAAAUUGCACUUAAACUUGUCAAAAUGUCAGGAUUUCAGAGGAUGGUCAAACUGAGGUUAGGAGUAAUUUUACAAUGACACUAGUGAUGCAUGUUAUUUGUGUGGUUUUGCCAACUAAGGAGAAAAAGGUAAAAGUGUCAUCCAGUUUAGCGUGAGAUGGCUACUUAUCUUUAUGAUGUACUGUUGGAAACAAAGACUCCAACUUGGUACUACCAUGUCAAAUUUUUUGUCAAUCUUUUUAUUGCAGCUUUGUUCAUUUUAUCGUUUUGUAUUUUCCUAUAAUGUGUUUUGUCCUUGUUGUUAAAAAACACAUACAGCCUAGAGAACAUUACAUAUUGAAAUAAAUGUUUCCUUAGUUAUUCAUUUUGUUCAGAGUUAGGGCUCUAUUCAAUCCGCAUCGCUGAAGUUCAGCUUUACAGCGUGAUUGAAAUUUAAAGGCAAUGUUCCCACUUUAGUGGAGACAGCAUUCACAGUAAACACUGCAUAUGCCAGCUCAAUCUGAAAUGACCUUUGAAUUUCUAUCGCGGAAUAUGUAACCCUUCAGCUUUACAGAUUGAAGAGAGGCCUUAGUGUUGUGUCCUUCACUUGUAGCUGAGAGUUUUGCUGCGUUAUAGUGCCACUGGAAUGUUCGAUGAACCACAGUCAGAGAACUGGUGUACUGGUUGACAUAUGCUCACUUGUAUUGUGGAGUAUUGGCCCUGUUACAGAGUACUUGUAAAUGUUUGUCAUGACAACUCAAUCCCUAUGGAAAGCUAAAAUAAAUUGUUGAUUUUGAAUUUUC